CCGCCGCGCCCACCAGAGCGUGCAGUCGGUCGCUUCUGAGACGGUGGGCUUUCUCCAAAUGGUCACUGCAAAAGGAUCAUGACGGGGAAGAAGUCUUCCCGGGAGAAGAGGCGCAAACGGAGCAGUCAGGAGGCGGCCGCGGCGCUUCCGGCGCCGGACCUGACACCUGCCGUCGCCAGCAAUGGCAGUGGAAGCACCAGCGGCUGCGGGAGCACCAGUGGCUGCGGGAGCGUAACCUGCUGUGGGAACACCGGCUUCACCGGGAGCAUCACGGGCGUUGGGAGCGGCGUGGAGCGCAGCGAGCGCCGGAAGCGGAGAAGCACCGACACAUCUUCCUGCGUCUCCGGCUCCCUGCAACAGGAAACCAAGUAUCUUUUACCAACUUUGGAAAAAGAAUUAUUUUUGGCAGAGCACAGUGACCUUGAAGAAGGUGGACUGGACCUGACUGUGUCAUUAAAACCGGUUAGUUACUAUAUAUCAGACAAAAAGGAAAUGCUGCAGCAGUGUUUCUGUAUCAUCGGAGAGAAGAAGUUACAGAAGAUGCUUCCUGAUGUGUUAAAGAACUGUUCAAUAGAAGAAAUUAAAAAACUGUGCCAAGAACAGUUAGAGCUCCUGUCUGAAAAAAAUAUCAUGAAGAUUCUUGAGGGUGACAAUGGUAUGGACUCUGAUAUGGAAGAGGAGGCAGAAGAUGGCUCUAAGAUGGGAUCUGAUUUAGUCAAUCAACAAGACAUCCCUAUAGAUUCUACUUCAUCCCUGAGAGAGAACAAGCAACCUGAAGGUUUGGAAUUAAAACAAGGAAAAGGGGAAGAUAGUGACGCACUCAGUAUAAAUGCAGACGCUUAUGACAGCGACAUAGAAGGCCCGUGCAACGAAGAAGCAGCGGCUCCUGAGGUCCCAGAAAAUACAGUACAGGGUGAAGCUGGUCCGAUAGAUGAUCUGGAGAAGGACAUUGAGAAGAGUGUGAAUGAGAUCCUGGGACUGGCGGAGUCUAGCCCAGAGGAGCCCAAAGCUGCUGCCCUGACUGUUCCUCCUGCAGAAGACGUGCAGCCUUCCGCACAGCAGCUGGAGCUGCUCGAACUGGAGAUGAGGGCGCGAGCCAUCAAAGCUCUGAUGAAAGCUGGCGAUAUAAAAAAGCCCGCCUAGGCAUUUAACUUCAGCCUGAGUUUUAGGUGUGUUUGAACAAAGCCAUGUCAUAUAAUUUUGUAUCUGAAGUUUAUUUUGGGUCUUAUAUGAUAUUUCUCAACACUAUUAGAUAAACUCAUCUUAAACCUAAAAUACGUUUGGGCUUUUUGUUGUUGUUACUUUUAUAUUAUAUAUGUGUUACUGUUUCUUGAGUUCAUGGCAAAUAUUGUUGGAUAACUGGAUACUUGGUUAGAUAAGUACAUAUAGCUAUGUCUGUAGGUUAAUAUCUGAAAAGCCAUCAUCAGCAUAGAGUCAUGGUAUAUUUUUCUUUAUUAUUAAAUGUUUUGGCACAAACGUAAAAGCUUAAGAAAAAUUGACCAAGCAUGUUGCUCUUAAGGCUGCCUGUACUUUGCAAUAGAAUAUUAAAUUAUUGCUCCUAGGUUUGUUAACAUUUUAAGAAAUUUAAUUAUGCUUAUAUAAAAUAUGUAUUGUCUUGAAGAUACUUUAUGGGUGUGGAUUUACUAGUAGAAACUGAGUAGAAUUUUUCACUAUAAGGAUUAGCAAUCUGAAAUGGCUGAGAAAAACUCAAUUUGUAAAUGAAAAAAGGACUUAAUUUAAGGCAAUUUUUAACAAUGUGGAGUAACUGCCCAACUUUAAUUCCAGCAGAUAAGCCGUUUGUUCUCACAGGUAUUUGAUAUUAUUGUACUCUUUGUUCAAGGGUUUUUUUGGGUUUGUUUGUUUUUCCAAUAAAAAGGGAACACAUUUUCAUUCCAAGCCAUCAGGAAAAGGAGAAUAUUUUAUCGUAUAGGCUUUCAUCUGGUAUUUUUACUUGAAGAUCUGAUGUGCUAUAUAAUUCCAUGAAUUAAAAAUAAUAAAGACUGUCAUUCUAGAUUUGAAGACUUGAUACAUUGCCAAAUGCAAAAUUAACUUCAGGAAGCUUUGAUAAGUUGAUAUUUUAAUUAAUCUACUUUUGUAUAGUUUUUGUAAGUAACAUCCUGCCACAAUUACAUAUGCUUUUUGCCCCAUCACUAAUUGCAGUUGUUUGAUACCAAAAUAAAUUUAGAUACAGACUCUUAAAA